ACGCACAUUGAUGUUUGUGUCAGUCAUUUACUCCUGUCAGUUCAAGACGACUGGACCUGGACGUCAAUAUUACACAACGGUGAUGAUGAACAUUUUGGAGGAUGUUCCUUUUCACACCCCUGUGGGUCCACUGGGGGUGGAGGUACAGCUUCUGACCUUACCGGAGAUGCCGGCUCCAGACUGCCAUCAGAUCAUGCAAGAAACUGAGUAUGGGUUUAAUCUGGAGAGAUGGAUUUUAAUGGGGCAGCAGCCAGCCUCUCAGGCCCCAUCCUGCCCCCCCUACUGGCUGAUGUUCAGCAGUCCUCAGGAGACCCACAGGCUCAGGGACAGCAGUCUGUGGGGCCCUGGGCCUCGACCCCGCAGCCACAGCUUGAGUUCAGCAGACAUCCACCCGUUGCACCGCCGCACUGUCAAGUUCCUCCUAACAGACUCUGAUGAAGAGGAGGGCUCUUAUGAGAAUAAAGGGUCUUCAGCUGAAGGGCUACUCCACCGUGUCAACAGCAGAGAGCGGCCCAGGACCACUGCGUCCAGAGUCAAAGACAUGCACCUUGGUUACUGCUCACAUGGAAGCAAGCCUGAUUUCUCUCCGCCCGUCCCAGGGUGCAGACCACCUCUGCGUGCCCUGGAGCAGCACAGGCCACAGCAGGCCAGCCCCAGGUCUCAGGGGCCAAAGAACAGCAAGAAGAGGCCAACUUUACUGAGCAGAAAGUUCUCCCAAAACACACCACCUGCUGGUCCGCCCAGGUCACAGCAGCAGAGACCCUCCUCUGCAGGACCAGCAGUCAAAAACCGCAGGAAGAAGAUUCUAACAACUAGUGGCUCUCGUGGGGUUUUCUUUGACUCUGCAGCAGAGCUUCUGACAGCUCUGAGCCAGGAGGAGAGGGACUUACUAGAAACCAUCACUGAGAGAGGAUACCCGUUACGCACCGCUAUUCUGGCUCUACAGAAAACUGGAUAUCAGAGUCCAGAAAAGGUCCUAAAAUAUCUGGUUUCCAGUGAGCGUCUCUGUCAGCUGGGCUAUGAUGAAGCACAAGUGGAAGAAGCUUUGGAGAUGUUUCAGAACUGUGAGAGCAAGGCUGCUGAAUUCCUGUGCCUGUUGACUCAGUUUAAUGAAAUGGGCUUCCAGCAAAGCGCGAUCAAAGAGGUGCUGCUUGUUCAUGAAAACCACCGGGAGCGAGCUCUGGAGGAACUCAUGACCCGCAUGGCUUAGAGAAACCAGAGAUCAAAUAAAUGAGAGCUUAGAUUUCUGACAAAGCCAAGCAGCAAGAAUCAACAACAUUCAGGUUUCUGAUCAAUGUUUGCUUAAAUGUUUAUUAACAGACUGAUUUAAAAGCAUAAAACAAUUUAAUUUUACUUUUACUCCAGCUUGAGAAAGAAAAGCACAGUACGUAAUGUACUUAAGUUCUUUAAAACACUUGUUUAAAAAAUGAACCCACAUGGGGAAAAAAA